AUGAGCCAACACCGCGGCCGCAGACCUCGCCGACACCGCGAGCGCAGACACGAUCACGGUCACCAACCCAAGUUCUGUGUCGUCGCCUUUGGCACCGGCGGCAGCAGCAAUACCAGUGCGAGUGGGCCGGGCCCAGUUGACGAGGCCGGCGAAGCCUUUGCACACGGCGAACUCGUCGACCUCGGUUUCGGGACAGACGCGUGUGCGACCCCAACGAUGGCUGCCGCAGCAGUGGCGAGGAGACAGCGGGUUCAGUCGUCAGCAGCGGCGGGACGCGGGGCUCGCAUCGCCAACUUCGUCACCGCGUGGGGCCGGAUGGUCGCCCGGGCUGCCCGGGAACUCAAUCGCGGCCUUCCCACCCCCGCUGACGGCUUGCACGGUUACUCGUCGAGCAAGUGA